GCGCAUGGGGGUGGUGGAGGCGCUGGGCGCCGGCGCGGCGCGGCUGCUCUUCUACCCGUCGCUGCUGUACACGGUGGCGCGGGCGCAGCUGCCCGGGUCCCGCCGGCCCUGGUUCCACCGCAUCGACGAGGUCGUGCUGCUCGGCGCGCUGCCGCUGCGGCGGCGCAUCCGCAGGCUGGUGGCGGAGGAGAACGUGCGCGGCGUGGUCACCCUCACCGAGGACUACGAGACCCGGUUCCUCUGUUUUUCCCCUCAGGAAUGGGAGGCAAUGGGAGUGGAGCAACUGCGUCUCAGCACUGUGGAUCUAACUGGAGUCCCCACCUUGGAAAACCUGCAAAAGGGCGUGGAGUUCAUCCUGAGACACCGAGCCUGCGGUAACAGCGUCUAUGUGCACUGCAAGGCAGGGCGCUCCCGCAGUGCCACCAUGGUGGCAGCAUACUUAAUUCAGCUGCAUCACUGGAGACCUCAGGAAGCAAUAGAGGCCAUUGCCAAGAUUCGUCCCCACAUCCUCAUUCGACAGAAGCAAGUCCAGGUCUUGGAGAAAUUUCACAGGAACAUGAUCACUGAGAGAACUGCAUAACUGAGUAUGAACUAUCAAAAUCUUCAGCUGCUAUAAAAAAAGUUUUUAUGAUCUAACAAAGGCUUAAGUGUUUUCAUUCUUGACUAUCAACAGAGAACAUU